GCGGGUUUCUCAGCUCGGUAGGUCUAUCAGUUCCCGUUUCUUAUUAAUCAAAUGAGCGCUGACAGACGGAAGCCUAGUGAAGACAAUAUGACGAAGAACAUAAAUGUGGUUCUAAUGGGGUGUGGUGGUGUUGGAAAACAGCUUAUUCAACACAUAAUCAACUCUAGAUCCCUUCACUCUAAACUGGGAUUGCACUUGCGAGUUGUGGGUGUAUGUGAUAGUACAUCAUUUCUGGUUUUACCUCAUGUAUCUGAUAGUAAAUCGGAGUUCAAUGAUUCAUUGCUCUUGGAAAUUUGUCGGGUUAAAUCAUCUGGCUUAUCUCUCUCCACUAUCAGUAAUGCCCGUUCAGGUGAAUGCCAAAUAUUCACAAAAAAGGAAUCUACAGAUAAAAUUUUGGAUACUGCUAAACUUCUCGGAAGAUCAACUGGUUUGGCAUUUAUUGAUUGCUCUGCCAGUUCUGAGACCAUUGGAAUCCUAACCAAAGUUGUUGACUUUGGUUGCUGUGCUGUGCUAGCAAACAAGAAGCCUCUUACAUCUUCACUGGAGGAUUAUGAGAAGUUGUUCUCACACCCACGGCGCAUUCGACAUGAAUCAACUGUUGGUGCUGGUCUUCCGGUGAUAGCAUCGAUAAAUCGCAUACUUACAUCUGGAGACCCCAUCCAUCGGGUUAUCGGAAGUUUAAGUGGGACACUAGGAUAUGUAAUGAGUGAAGUCGAAGGAGGAAAGCCACUUAGCGAAGUUGUCAGAGCAGCUAAAGGCCUUGGAUAUACCGAACCAGAUCCACGUGAUGACCUUGGCGGGAUGGAUGUCGCUAGAAAGGCUUUGAUCCUUGCUCGGCUUCUCGGUUGGCGGAUCAAUUUAGAUAGUAUAAAGGUUGAAAGCUUAUAUCCGGAUGAAAUGGAUCCUGAUAAAAUGUCUGUGGAGGACUUCUUGUCCAGUGGUCUUCCAUCACUGGAUGAUGAUAUCAGAAAGAGAUUUGGAGUAGCAUCUUCAAAUGGGAAUGUGCUCCGAUAUGUCUGUUCCAUUGAGGGAUCAAGUUGUCAGGUUGGGAUCAAAGAACUUCCAAAAGAUUCUCCUCUGGGCAGAUUGAAAGGAAGCGAUAAUGUGUUGGAGGUAUACAGCAGGUGCUACAAUGAGUUGCCCUUGGUCAUUCAAGGUGCAGGAGCAGGCAAUGACACAACAGCAGCCGGCGUCCUGGCCGAUAUUCUUGAUCUUCAGGACCUCUUUCCUUGACCAAGAAAAUCUCUUUAACUAGAAACUAGGACUAUUUCAUGGUCACAAAUUUUAAUUGUAUCAUGCAAGCCUGGUACUCUGAUUAGGGAUGUUUUAUGCUUGGAUAUGUAAAAACUGCGGAGGUUUAAACAUUUAGGCUGUUAUCAAUUACGAUAUGGUUUGGUUUAAAGUUACUGAAUUGCUUAAAAAUUAUUUCUGAGGAAUCCCAGAAGCCAUCGUCAGUUAAUUAUGUUUUUCUGGUUUUAUUUGGA